CCUCCAUGAAGUUUCAAGACCUCAACACUUCUUGUACACUUUUGUAGUCUCUGAGUUGAUGGAAAACAUGUCAUCCGUUAAAGAAUUGAAGGAUGCGCUGAGAAUAAGUUUGGAAAAGCGUGGCAUCUUGAAAAGUUUGAAAUCAGAGUUAUUAUACAAACUUUUUGAAACUCUGGACCAGGAACUUAAAACUGGCGAAGGGGGAAAUCUAACUACCCUAUCCGACACCAAGUUUUUGAUACACGAGUUGAUACUGGAGUUUUUAUCGUUCGAAAAUCUGCAUUUUAGUCGGUCCACUUUUUGUACGGAAUCUGGACACGGCGAUGCCAUGCUCUCUCGCCAAACUCUUUGUCAGACCCUUCAGAUCAGGCCCACAGUUAAUGUCAAGUCACUGAUUGGGCCGACCGAACCAGACCUCGCUGAUCAACCGCAACAACAUCAACAUGCACCGGUUGUGGAUAAACCUGUCCCAUUACUCUACUAUAUUGUAAACUGGCUGAAAGAUCGCAAGUUAACACCUCCCUCUGACGCCCGGCAGACUGGUACAGAACAACCGGACGAAAAGUGUGCACACAGAUCAGAUCCGGUUCAUGGGAGACCAUGCUGUCAAGCAGUUGACGAAUCGCAUCAGCAGACCGCUUUGACACGGCGUUCACCAACUUACAAUCCUUGUUUGGAACAGUUUAGUUCGGAAGGUGAUUUGUACUAACUUUUUCCCUACUGAAAGGCCUCAUUGCCGGCAGAAUGUCGCCCUGUAUCACUCUUAUCCCUCAGUAUAAUAAGUUUUGUUAUAAUAAAUACACCUCGUAUUGUUCACCGA